AAAUUAAUAAGAAGUCUGGGAUAUAUCAACAAAGAUGGUAGUGUUAGAAAAAAAAUGGAUUUCAAAAAUGAAUUAAGCAUAAUACUUCUAAAAAACUAAAUAUCGAUAACUACAUUAUUAAUACCAAUAUUUUGACUUAAUAUUAAAGUAGUAAUUUUAAUUAUAAAUGGAUAUAGAAUGUAAUGGAAAAGAUAAUGGUUCAGCUCAAAAAGAAGUGGCCAAGUAUAUAAAGUUUUUUAUUACUAAAUCUUUACAGUCUGUUAUCCAAUCUAGAAGUGGAAGAAGAACCAAAACUAGCUGUAAUGCAUAUUCAAAAGGAUUAGAUUGGUUUAAUAUAGCUCUACCAGAAAAAAGUUCAAGUUGUCAGCUGAAUAAAAAAAUUGCCGAACUUUUUGGGAAAAAAACAAUUGGUACCCAUGAAAGUAUUUGUUUAGAUAUUGUGUUAAAAACUUUAGAAGGGCGAUUUACUGUUCUUGAAUCUUGGCAAAUAUUAAAUACAAAUAGUUUUGAAAAUGAGAAGAAAUUUAAAAAUCAAUUUUCUGUUUACAACAGAUUUUCUAUUCUUAUUAAAUCAGUAAUUGUUUUAUCAAGAAUAUUACCAUUAUAUCAUUUGAGUAGAGAGAUAGAUCAUGAUUUUUUCCUUUUUUUUAAAGUUCAUACAGAAAUAUACCCUUUGCAUAGCUAUGAAAUGCAUAACAAACUUAAUAUUGGUACUGUUGAAACACCCUGUGGUAAUAUUACUUUGUCUGUACUUUUCAAAAAUAAAAUUUGGUUAAAUGGUUCUGGAAUUCAUGUACCUUUGUAUGCAAUAUAUAAUACAGAUACACUUGUACCUCUUGAUAGACAAAAAGAUCAACUUAUUUCAGGUUUUCGUUCUUUAGAAAUAAUGGAGACUGAAAUUGCAUUAGCUGCAUCAGAAGUUGAGUCAUGUUUGCCUAAUUGGUUUUCUCCUCUUUCACCAUCAAACACAAAUGAAGCUUGCAAACCCCUAUCAAAACUAACAAAUGAAAAUUUCCAGCCCAUUGCAGCUUUUGCGAAUCCUUCUAGUGCUAUUGAUGAUUUUCCUGAUUUAGAUUUGCCAGAUUUGCCUGAUGUACCUCCUUUUCUUUCAUUACUUCAAGAACCGUCUAAUUUAAAAACAAAUGAUUGCUCAUUUAGUGAUUCAAAAACAAAUGUUAAUAAACUUGUAGAAAAUGUUAAAAUAACUACAGAUUUUUCAGCUCAAAGAGCUGAAGCUGUUGGUUAUGAAGAUGACUUUGUACUAGUAGAAUUGCGUCCAGCUUUUUGUUCAGAAGAUGGUUCAGUUGGAGGUUUAUACAGACAAUGUCAGGCACCUGCUGUAUUAGAAAUGUUUUUUUCACUAGAGCAGGAUGAACAGUAUAAUGAAGGAUUGGAUUUAGAAACUCAACUUCAAACAUACAAAAAAGAAUUAAUUAAAUAUAAAGAGUUUUUUAACAUACAAUGAUCAAUAGUUUUCAUCAGUAAAAAGUUUUUAUGAUGGUUGCUAUAAAUUCUAAUUAAUUUCUAAUACUAAA